AUGGCGGAUCGCGCACAACGUCAGGCCUCUGGGCUACGGGCUGUGGCUAAUAACGCGCCUUGGGUUCUGCUGACCGCGGAGUCUACAGUAUUUGUGCUGCUGGCCCAUUAUUCUCGAGUCAUGCCCCCCGCCGGUGGAAAACGGUACCUUACAUCCACGGCUGUCUUCCUUGUCGAGGUCGUCAAGCUGGCCAUCUCCCUCACAAUGGCCCUCUAUAACGUUUCGAAAAGCGCUCCUCCCUCCAUGCCCGCCACAUCCCUAUUCUUCUCCCUAACUAGCGCGGUAUUCUCGGGAGACAGCUGGAAAAUGGCUAUCCCGGCUAGUCUAGACGUCUUGUCUAACUCGCUGCUCUACAUCGCGCUCUCGAACCUGCGUGCUGCGACCUUCCAGGUUACCUACCAGCUGAAGUUCCUGACAACGGCCAUAUUUGGUCUGAUGCUUCUGAGACGGAGCAUCCCAGCCCGGAAGUGGGGCCUGCUCCUCUUACUCGUGGUUGGCGUGGCUUUGGUGCAGAUCCCCGAUGCAAGCACUGAGAAGAUGCUGCAGGAUGACCAUGCCAAUCACUACUUCCCUCGUUCGCUCGAGGAGUGGAAGGCUGUCAAGCAAGGCUCUGGAUCUGGCAGCUCUGGCAGUAGUCUACACAAGCGGUCUGCGACGUAUGAGGGUAUCGAAGAGGAUAUCCUUACUGCUGACCCGCAUCUGAACCCAAUUAUCGGCCUCCUUGCGACUAUCGGUGCGGCUUUGGUCUCUGGGCUGGCUAGCACUUACUUUGAAAAAGUACUCAAGGAUAGCUCGAGCCACAUCUCGUUGUGGGUUCGCAACGUGCAACUGGCUAUUUACUCUAUCUUCCCUGCUCUCUUCAUUGGAAUUGUUUUCCGUGAUGGCGAGAAAAUCGCCGAAAAUGGCUUCUUCCAGGGUUACAAUUGGGCGGUGUGGUCUACUAUUGUUAUCCAGGCUCUUGGUGGCAUUGUCUCAGCCUUCUACGUCAGCCAUGCACAGAAAGAUGCAAGGAGUCUGGCCACGACCGUCAAUAUUAUCUUGAGUACCAUCGGAAGUAUCUGGCUCUUUGAAUUUGAGCUUACUGCAAGUUUCCUUCUGGGCUCGGCUGUAGUCCUGGUAGCAACCCACUACUACGGAAACCCAAGUUUCACCUCUGCAAUUAGUGGCUCUCGCCCACCUCCAAUCCGCGUCGACAGCUACGAAAAGGAUGCCGAAGGACCCGACGGCUCGCCAGUGGUUCCGUCCAACGAUUUCUCUAUCAAGCUUCCCACCUCUCCAUUCCUAUCAGACGGCAUGUCAUCAUCUCGUCCGACUUCCCCAGCGCCAGGCCACGCUAGGAGUGACAUGUCUCUUUUCUUCACGGGCAAUGAAAUUGGAUACCCGAUAGAAGCAGAAUCAAACGCGGUGCUCCUUCAAUCGCUACAAAACCACCCUUGGAUGCGUCCACGUGCCAUCACAUGGUCACCUCCCACAGACCAGCCUUACAGCCCUACGCCCUCCGUAGUCCAAGUUCACCUCAUCAAAAUUACCCCCCAUUAUCCAGAGAUAGUCACAAUGCGAAGGAACCAUCAGCCGCAACCCUUUAAAUCUUUCCGUGUACCCUCCCAACGAAUCCCAGCUAUAUCUGAUCAAUCCUCCCCCUCCCAGAGUAGAACAGAAGCCAUCGACCACAGACUCAUUGAAGGCUCUCAGCAACAAUACUACAACAGUCCAUCUCCUCGACAGUCUUUCGGUGCCCUGGAAUUGCCUGCUCAAAACCAAGACCCGGAAUUGGAUGCUUUUGAUCUGGAAUUACUAGCCCAGAAUGACCGAGAGAUGGGCGUGAAGAGUGCAGAUCUAGGAUUUCGACCGGCCUCUUCCUUUCAAAUGCAUUUCCAACGUGAUCCUCAUCCGGAGAAUAUCUCUCGUUUCUUUCUACCGACUUCGAGUAAUUCUCCUCACAGUGGUGAUGCAUCUACUUCAUCGGAUCUCAGUUCGAGAUUACUGUCGAGCCCUUCAGUGUUGUUCCAGCAAAGAAAGGAGGCCAGACAUGAACAACGAAGUCUUCACAUCAACAAUGGUUCGUACCAUGAGGAUGCUACAGAAUCCUCGGCCCGGGCUUUAUCUACCCUUCCAGGCCCUGGAACGGUGACUAUAAACCGGCAACAAGGGCCUUUUAGUCAUAUUCCACCGUCUGUUCGAGGCAUCAUACUCGUUUCAGUGAAUGAUAUACCAGAUAAUUAUCGCUCAAUGUUCCCCUUCCCGCUGUUCAAUGCCAUUCAAUCCAAAUCCUUCCACGCUGUCUACAACAGCAACGAAAACAUUGUCCUCUCGGCACCAACGGGCAGUGGCAAGACAGUGAUAAUGGAGUUGGCAAUCUGCAGACUCCUCAACACCCUCAAAGACGAACGAUUCAAGGUCGUCUACCAAGCGCCUACAAAAUCCCUAUGUGCAGAACGAUUCAGAGACUGGCACUCCAAAUUCUCAGCCCUGAAGCUCAAAUGCGCAGAAUUAACCGGUGACACAGAUCAUAUGCAACUGCGUGCUGUGCAGGGUAGCCAGAUCAUAAUUACAACACCAGAGAAAUGGGAUAGCAUGACACGGAAAUGGAAAGACCAUGGGAAAUUGAUGCAGCUCGUGAAAUUAUUCCUCAUUGACGAGGUUCACAUUCUCAAGGAAACGCGCGGUGCAACACUUGAGGCGGUGGUAUCCCGCAUGAAAAAUAUCGGGUCCAAUGUUCGCUUUGUGGCGCUCAGUGCUACUGUUCCCAAUUCAGAGGAUAUCGCUACUUGGCUUGGGAAGGAUGCCACGAAUCAACAUGUUCCUGCGCACAGAGAGCAUUUCGGGGAGGAAUUUCGUCCUGUCAUAUUGAAGAAAGUUGUUUAUGGGUACCAGUCUACUUUGAAUGACUUUGCUUUUGAUAAAGUCUGCGGGUCAAAGUUGCCCGAGGUCAUUAGGAUGCACUCUUGCCAAAAGCCCAUUAUGAUUUUCUGUUGUACACGAAACUCGUCCCUUUCAACGGCGAAGGAGCUGGCUCGUCUUUGGACGAUGACGAAUCCGCCAGCUAGGCUUUGGAAAGGACCCGUGAGACCUUUUGAUGCUCAUAACGAUGAUUUGAGGACAACCAUCGCGGCCGGCGUCGCAUUCCACCACGCUGGCUUAGGACCUGCAGACCGCCACACAGUUGAAGCAGGGUUCCGAGAUGGUCACAUCAGCGUGAUAUGCUGCACAUCGACCCUCGCAGUGGGCGUAAAUCUACCAUGUCAUCUGGUGAUUAUGAAGAACACUGUCAGCUGGCAAGAAGGUGGCUGCAAGGAAUACUCCGAUCUGGAGAUGAUGCAAAUGCUCGGCCGCGCAGGACGCCCUCAAUUCGAUGACAGUGCAACGGCAGUCAUCCUCACCCGAAAGGAGCGCGUGAACCACUACGAGAAACUUGUUUCUGGGUCUGAGAGCUUGGAGAGCUGCCUGCAUCUGAAUCUGAUUGAUCAUCUCAACGCUGAAAUUGGGCUGGGGAAUAUCUCUGACCUUGACUCCGCUGUUAAAUGGCUUGCUGGGACUUUUUUGUUUGUCAGGCUUCGUCGAAAUCCUACGCAUUACAAGCUCAAGGAGGGCGCAAACCAGGAGGAUGAAGAUGAGCUCUUGCGACAAAUUUGUGAGAAGGACAUCCAGCUCUUGAGAGAUGUUGGGCUUGUUGAAACUGAUACCCUCUGUUCGACUCAAUUCGGUAAUGCCAUGGCUCGGUACUAUAUUCAUUUUGAGACUAUGAAAGUCUUGUUAUCGCUGAAGCCACAGGCUACACUUUCGGAGACCCUAGCCGUGAUCUCUCAAGGCGACGAAUUCCGCGAAAUCCGCCUGAAAGGAAGUGAAAAGUCUCUUUACCGCGAAAUAAAUCGAGACCCUGCCAUCCGCUUCCCGAUAAACGUCGACAUAGCGCUCCCAUGCCACAAAACAUCCCUCCUCCUCCAAUCAGAACUCGGCGCCAUCGACUACCCAGACAUUGAUCAACUACAGAGACACAAGUUCGCCUUCAACCAAGACAAAACCCUAGUCUUUGCCCAUGCAAACCGACUAGUACGUUGCUUGAUCGACUGUCAGAUCGCGCGUGGCGAUUCAAUCGCCAUUCUCAAUGCCUUAGAACUUGCACGAAGCUUUGGUGCUAAGGUCUGGGAUCAUUCUCCUCUCCAGAUGAAGCAGGUUGAACAAAUUGGCGUCGUGGCUGUUCGUAAAUUAGCUGCUGCCGGUAUUACCAGCCUCGAAGCUCUGGGGGAAACCGAGGCUUAUCGGAUUGACAUGGUUCUCAGCAAGAAUCCGCCUUUUGGGGCGAAGUUGUUGUCGCGAUUAAAGGAAUUCCCUCAGUUGAGGGUUUCAACUAAGAUGUUUGGAAAGGAGGUCAAGAAUGGAGGUGUGGCUCUUCAAUUCAGAGUCGAGGUUGCAUUUAUAAAUGACAAGGUUCCGACAGUCUUUCAGCGCCGGUCUAUCUAUGUUUGCUGUUUGACUGAGACAUCUGAUGGCCGCUUAAUUGAUUUUCGACGGACUGGUGCAAGCAAGCUCCAGGAACAGCUGGAGAUUGAUCUUUCUGUGGAUUUGGCUAGUGCUGAGCAGUUCGUUGUUUGCCAUGUUAUGUGUGAUGAUAUUGCUGGAACGGAGAGGAUGGCUGAGCUUCGACCUAAACUUUCGCCUUCGUUAUUUGCCCCGAUUCGAGAAGGGGGCUUGGUUUCUACGGGUUCUGGUCGCCGAACAGGAGAUGUCCAAGAGAUGGUUGAUAGCAGCACGAUGAGACCUCACCGAGUUGCACAGGAACAUUGUCAAGAGCAACCCACUCCCACGAAUGCCUCAGUUGUGGUGAAGAAUGCUCCCAAAUCCAACCGAGACGUUGACGAUCCCGAUUUCGAUGGUGAUGAUCUCCAGCUGGCAGACUUCUUGACCGUCAGUGGUCGCCCAACCAAGCCAAAGCAUCCUUCCAAGCCAAUGUUUUCACCAAAUGAUGAGAUUGACUGGUUCUCGAUUGACACAACCCCAAGUCCAUUGGAGCGAGGGAUGAAGGCCUCAAAGCCCCGAGAAGGUGAAUGGAUCGCUGACAUGGGUGAACAAGAAGGCGAGAACCCGGAGCCAAUUCGACUUGCUAAUGGAAAAUGGGCAUGCAACCACCGGUGCAAAGACAAAACAAGUUGCAAGCACUUCUGUUGCCGUGAUGGCCUGGACAAGCCUCCUAAGCCUGCCAAAAAGCGGGCUAUCCCUGCGACUCAAAAGGAUGAUGACCUUGGCCAAUUGAAAAUUUCAGACAGUAUCACGAAGAUUAAUCCUGGGAUCAAUGGCAAUACAGGGAGGAAAUUGUCGAAGCAGCACACCAUUGAAGCCAAAAGAAUUGACAGUUCCUCGAAGGCAAAGAGCCUCACGUCUCAGGUCGAAAAAAAGGCUUCAAAGUUCGCCCUAUCAGACAGAAGCAGAAGCAUAUUUUCAACCAAGACCAAGAAAUUGUUGAGUCCAAUGAUAGCCCAUUCAAGUGACUAUGGUGAAGAGGACUUCAGCGAUCUAAUCUCCCCAUCACUCCUUCUUGAAGAACCAGGCACCGAUCUCACAGGAAUAGACUCUCCAAUGACAUUCAAACAAACACAAAGUACCUUCACAGCUAUGAAUGAUACCACAAAGAAGUAUUCAACAAGCUCAGUGCCCUCUGUUCCCCAAGCUGAGUCGUCCCUUGGAAGCCAGACCAAACCAUCAACCCCCCAGACUCAACACGAGGUAAUCGAAAUACAGGACGACACAUCCCAAGAUUCUGCAAAACAGCCAUCAUUAUCACAGCGGAGAUCUGCAAAGCAGAGUAAACUGCCAACAACACUGGAAAGAAGUGUGGCUCACCUAAAACGAAAGGCAAGUCAAAUCGAACCCCGAAACGAAGGAUCCCCAAAUUACUCCAGGAGCAAUUCUUCCAUCACUUCUUUCAUGAUGCAGCCUCUGAAAUACAUGGGUAUUCAAACCCCGGUCCCACCCCGGAGGGAAGUGUCUUCUUUCCCUAUGGAUGAAGCUAGCACGAAUCUCCUGGUUGCACGGCAGGAUGAUACUUCUGAUUUGCCCAAUAUCUUCAGGGAUAUCAUUGAUUUUGACUAA